UCCCGGAAGAUUAUUGUUCGUCAACAUGGACGAAGCAUGAAAGGGUAGAACCUGACAAUUAUGGUGGAUUAAUCAACUUCCUUCUUGCUAUGUAACUUUAACGAAGACCGUGUAAAACUGUAGAUAAGAAAACAUUGGUGUCAAAAUAGAUUUAUUUAUCAUGCGGCCUGACUGACUUGAAAAUCUACAGUAAAAAUAACAAAAGCGAAAGAUGGCCACAACGAUGAAUGAAGUGGAAAUCUAUCGCUGCCUCGAAAGGGGGCUGGUGGUCACCAUCUUUUUCUCCAAAAAGAGACCAGAAAAGAAAACGCUGCAAGUGAAACUGGAAACUAGACAGCUGGUCUGGAUCCGAGCGAUGGGAAGCAAACCCGACGGAACGCUGAACCUCAGAGAAGUUCGUGAAGUAAGAGAUGGCAGAAACAGUAAAGAUUUUGACCGGUGGCCAGAAGAAGCGCGGAGACAUGACCCUUCUCUCUGUUUUGUCAUUUUCUACGGAAACGACUUCAAACUCAAGACAUUAUCUGUUGUUGCCACUAAUGCUGACGAGUUUCAGACGUGGAAGCUGGGACUACAGAAGUUAGAGAAAUCUGCCAAAGAGGCUCCAUACCAGUUACAGCUGGAGAGGGUUACAUUGAAAAAUAUGAAGGCUUGGAUGCCAAGAAUAAACCUCAAAAUAUCCACCAAUAAGUUACGAGAUAAAUUUCAGGAGGUGUCUCGGAAAGAUGAGAUUCAAUAUGAAGAAUUUGCAGCUUUAUUUCACAAACUUAUCCAUGUUCCUGAGAUUAUUACAAAUUAUGUUGAAUAUUACUGUGAGGAAGAACACAAUGAAAGGUGCAUCUUCCCAGAUAAAUUCCAAAGGUUCCUAAAAGAAGAACAAAAGGAAUGCUUUGCAGAGAAUGGCACUACUGUAAGAAACGUAAUGGUAAAAUUCCUGGAGGAUCCCAUGAGACACAGAGGGAAUGUUUACUUCACAGAUGUUGAGUUUGAGGAUUUUUUAUUUUCUAAAGAUAACCAGGUGUUUGACAUGCAGUAUGAUAGGGUUUAUCAGGACAUGACACAUCCCCUGGCCCACUACUGGAUAGCCUCUUCUCAUAAUACAUAUCUAACGGGGGACCAGAUUUCCAGUGAGUCCUCAGUAGAAGCAUAUGUUCGAGUUCUAAGAAUGGGUUGUAGAUGUAUUGAAUUGGACUGUUGGGACGGACCAGAUGGAUAUCCUAGUAUUUACCAUGGACACACUCUUACCUCCAAAAUUAAAUUUCUAGAUGUCUUACGUGCCAUUAAAGACCAUGCCUGGGUUGCUUCAGACUACCCUCUGAUUUUAUCAUUAGAAAACCACUGUGGCUUAGGACAGCAAAGAAACAUGGCAAUGGCUUUCAGGGACACAUUUGGAAGUGAACUUUUGGUGGAACCUGUAGAUAGUGACUUCAAAAGGUUACCUUCACCAGAACAGCUAAAAAGAAAAGUCAUUCUCAAGCAUAAAAAGUUGCCCAGUGAAGGCAGGAAUGCAGAGUUGGUGGAAGUGAGAGUAGAUGAUGUUACCAGAGAUGGUGAUGUUUCAAAUGCAGUGAAAACUGGUGUCAUGUAUUUAGAAGACCAAAUUGAAAGUCAAUGGCAUCCCCACUUUUUUGUGCUGACCCCGAGCAAGAUGUACUGGACCAAAGAGACCAAUCAGGGCGAAGAUGAGGAGGAACAGGAAGAUAAUACGUCAACAAUGGAGCUGGGUGACAGGCCUCAAGAUGAACUUCACUUUGGGGAGAAAUGGUUCCAUGGGAAACUGGAGGGAGGUAGAAGGACCGCCAUAGAACUACUGAACGAGUACAGUUACCUAGGAGACGGGACCUUCCUGGUCAGGGAAAGUGAUACCUUCAUCGGAGACUUCUCUUUAUCUUUCUGGAGAAGAAAUGCAGUGGAGCACUGUCGGAUUAAGUCUAAACAAGAGAUGGGCCAAGUUAAAUACUACUUAAUAGAGACAACAUUAUUUGACAGUCUGUAUGACUUAAUUACAUAUUACCGUCAAGUUCCCCUAAGGAGCCCCAGUUUUGUGAUGAAAUUAACAGAACCAGUGCCGCAGCUGAAGAGCCAUGAAGACAAGGAGUGGUAUCAUGACAACUUAAGUCGUGCUGCAGCUGAAAACAUGCUCAAGAGGAUCCCAAGUGAUGGGGCUUUCCUAAUCAGGAGGGGCCAGGCGGGGGAUAGUUACGCAAUCUCUUUCAGGGCUGAUGGAAAAAUUAAACAUUGUCGCAUUGAAUUGGAUGGGCGGUUGUUUGCCAUUGGAUCAGCUCAGUUUGAAAGUUUGAUAGACUUGGUGAAAUAUUAUGAGAAAAAUCCACUCUACAAUAAAGUGAAGUUAAAGAUUCCUGUCAGCCAAAAUCUGGUGGACACAAAAGGAGCUAUGCCACGCUUACCUGAUGAAAGUGCUUCUACAGCAUAUAUAAACCCAAAUGAGUUGUCUAAGGUUUUUCAAAAUGGAGAUGAGCAGUUAUAUGGUGACGGAAUUUACCACAUGCCAAAUGAGAUUUUUCCACAAACAAAGCUAAGGGGUCGUGCCUUAUAUGACUACACGGCCAGUCGAAAUGAUGAGCUGUCUUUCAGCAAAGGAACCAUUAUUACAAAUAUCACAAAAACAGACAAUGGCUGGUGGAGAGGAGAGACCCCCACCAGUCGUGGACCCAUGCUGUUCCCCGGUCACCUGGUGGAGGAGCUAGAGGAAGAUGAGGCUAAUGACCAGGAACCCCUGGGAACCCUCCAGAAAGGUUCUGUAGAGAUACAAGGCUGCCGCUUAGAACGCAGUGGUCGCCCAGACAGGUUACACACAUUCAAGAUUUUUACUCGUACAAUGCCAAACCCAAUAGAAGUGGCCGUGGAUUCUGAGGAACAGAUGAUGCAGUGGUUAGAAGCCAUUGAUCAGUGCACCUCUAAAAUGGCAGGGGAGAAAAUGGUGGACAAAUUAAUGGAAAAGAGGAAGUGCCUUGCUAGGGAUUUGUCAGAUCUUAUUAUUUAUGCUGUUGCUGUGCCAUUUGAUCACGAAAAGGUAUUGAAGAAGAUGACUCACAUAUCGGAAAUGUCGUCCUUCUCUGAGAUCAAGAUUGAUAAAUACUGCUCACAGGCAUUUGCUCAUUUCUUCUUACAUUAUAAUAGAACUCAGUUAAGUCGCUGCUAUCCAAAGGGAGGUCGGGUAGACUCCUCGAACUAUGACCCGAUGCCGAUGUGGAAUGUGGGAUGCCAGAUGGUGGCCCUGAAUUACCAGACACCGGACCGUUCCAUGCAGCUAAAUGAGGGGAGGUUCCUAAAUAACGGCAAAUGUGGUUUUGUCCUCCAGCCUGAUAUAAUGAGGAGACCAGAGUUUGACCCCUGUAACAAGCAGUCCAUUAAAGAUGUUGACCCCUUAACCUUAUCUAUAAAGAUUAUUGGUGCCAGACAUCUUGUCAAAUCAGGAAAAGGAAUCAUCAGUCCAUUUGUGGAAAUAGAGAUUGCUGGACUUGAAUAUGACAAGAGUAAAUUCAAGACCAACACUAUAAGCCCACCCAAUGGACUUAACCCUAUCUGGAAGGACCAGAAUAGUGGAAUAUUUGAUUUGAUUUGUCCAGAAAUGGCUCUGAUCAGAUUUGUGGUGUAUGAUGAGGACACAUUUGGGGAGCCUAACUUUGUAGGACAGGCCACCUACCCCGUGGUUUGUCUCAAGUCUGGUUAUCGUAGUGUGCCUCUGAAGAAUGGUUUCUCUGAGGAAAUGGAGAUGGCAGCUUUACUGAUCCAUGUGGACAAGAGAAAUCCAAAGGAGUCUGAUGAUAGUGAAAUCUACUCAUGCAUACAAGAUCUUAGGGACAAAAAGGAAGACUUGCAAACUAACAUAAAUGAGCUGAUGAGAGUGGGGCAGUUUGAUCGUGCUAACCGACUGCAAGAAGACCUGAGGGAGACAGAGCAGAACCUAAUACAGAAGAGUGCGGAAAGGAGGCAGAGAAACUUUCAUUCAUUUAUAGAACAAAGUAUCAGUGAAAGCAAAUUUGUGAAUGGCAGAUUUGCCAGUAACCGACCCAUUGUAUAUAGCAGGAGCUCAAAUAGCUGAAGAUGGACAACAAUUGUUGACCUCGAACUUGUGCCCUUUCAUCCUUACCAUCUGACCUGUGAUACACUGUUGCCAUAGCAAUGACCUCUGCAUAUGCUAAAGUUUUAAGAAUGCUGAGUUAUCUUUUUUGUUCAUGUUUUAUUUGUAUUUACCAGAAUUUUGUGAUAUGUUGUGCAUUGAUGUCAAAUUUUGCAGUGACUCGUAAUAUGAAGGUGGUGCAUGAUUGUUAUUUAGAUGUCUUUGAAUUCUGUAUCUAUUAAUUGUAUUUUCUAUACCAAUACCCGUAUUGUGUUAUAUGGGUGUCACCGAUUAUAAUAAUUUCAUAGCUUUAGUGACAUUUUAUGAAUUGUUGAUGAGGAAUAUUUUGGAUGAGAUUAACAAAACCAGCUGCUGUUGCCUUACCAUGAAGUAAAUGUCACAGUGGUUUUUUCUACAAUGACUAAUUAUUGAAUAUAAAAUAUGUACAUAUAAUAACUAUCCAGUAUACAUGAUAGUGCUAGAUUUUGUUAAACUGUAAAAUUGUACAGGAGUAGGUUUUGUUAGGCAUGAAAUUGUAUGACAUACCUGUAUGUAAAUAUUGUUAAUGAAUGUAUUAAUUGUACAGAAAUCUGAAGAACCAUUCUCCUUUCUGAUUUUAAUUGUUAGACUUGUCAGAUUUUGUAUUUGUCAUGAUGCCAAAAUGCUGAAUCCAGUGGCUUUUUAAAAAAUCUAAAGUUGUAAGCAUUUUUCUUAAAUGAGUGAGAACUGCUGUGUGUACAUACAUGUAUUUGUCUAUAGCUAGCAUUUGAACUUUGAAAACAUAUUGUAUAAAAAAAAAUUUCCCUCAUUUGUGUGAACUUCACCAAUGAUACAUAUACCACCUGCAUAGGUCACAAUAAGAUUCUUCACAAUGUCAAGACUUAGUGAUAUCAUUACUCUACCCAAACCCUUAAAAAAUGUUGUUAUUUAAAUGUCAGGCUUGUGGUUAAACUUGAUGUAAAUGGUUUAAUACAAUAUGUAAUAAACUAACCAAUGAGAUUAUCCCCCCUAAGAAAUGUUCAAUAUAGACUCUAGAUAUAUUAGAAGUUCACUUUUUAAAUUUUGUUCUUUGCUCAUAUGAUUUUGUUUAUUUUCUAGAUUGAAGUCUAGUUUUGACAUUUUGUUUAGUUUAUUAAAACAUAAAUGACAUACCUAUUUUGACAUUCUAUUGUUACCUGCUGGUUCAUAGCCUAUCACAUUCUUUGUGUGAUUGUGAGGUGAACUGGUCUCCAAUAUUUGGUCACAAUACUUUCCCUUUAAUGGAAAAGUCAGUUUUGUUCUCACAAAUUUAACCAUUUGGAUAAGAAAGCCAUUUUCUGAUUGGUUCCCAUUGCAAGGUCAUGAACAAAUGAAAUAGUCUCUUUCUAGCCCGACUUUUAAAUAGCAACUUUUGACAAUUCAAGGGUUUGCUUAGAGAAAAUAUUGCAAAACUUAAGGUAGUGAAGAUGAGGAAGUAUAAUUUUGCAUAAGAAAUUGAGCAUAGUACAUUUUAAGUUUAGACUCCUAGAGUAACCUGAGACAAAAGUAGUUGUACAUUUGUAUUUGGAUACAGGAAUAGGGACAUACAGCACUGUGUAUGUAAGUUCAACUGUCAAGUAGUAGAUUAAGAAGUUUGGAAAAAAAAACAUUUUUAUCAGGGAAUUUAUUUUGUUCAUGGGCAAUGAUCAAUUAGCCAAAUAGAAGAUGAACAAAUCUAAUAUUAAAGUUAGUGAAAUACUGACAACAAAUGGCAGAAUGUUAAUGUAUAGGUAAACUGUUAUGCAUAUGUACAUGUACUUAAAAGUUUUAAAUUAUUUUUACAGUAUUUUUUUUCAGCAAUGGUAAAUUUUAUUUAGGAAUAAAAUGAAAAAUAUGUGAAUUUUUAUUGAUAUCAUAAACUGUGAGAAGAGCGCAGAAGUUUUAAGCAUGUUGAAUAGAGAUUUAAAACUUAGAAGUAGUCCAAAGUGGCAUUAAUACAUGUAUUUAGAUUUUUUUGAAGAAAUGUUUUUGUCAUCUUUGAAUGUAAAUUCUGAAUUAUUAGUUUUGUGUAAAAGUCUGACAGAAUUAUAUAGUUGAUGUUUGAUUACAUUUUUAGUACAUUUUUUUCUGUACAUGACAAAUUCUUUGCAAGUUUUCUGAAUAAUUUAUGAUACUAGUAUGCAGCAACAACAGUAAAAACAAACAAACAAACAACUUUUUUUACUUAAUGAACAGUAGACGUUUAGUCUUCAAAAGCUUCAAAUUUGCUCAUACAAAAUGUAAUUUGUAUAUUAACCUCCAUUGUAAUCUAAUCAUGACAAUACUUUUUCAAGUGUUUUAAAGGAGUUCAAUAUGCAGCAAUUGAAAAAAAAAAUCAUUUUUGGCUUAUAGGCUACAAAAACUUCACAUUUACUCAUAUGAAAUACAUACUGUAGAUCAAUUGUUUCGUUAAUUGACCUCCAUUAUCUAGAUGAAUUAAACGAGAAACCAAUGACCAAUUUGUUCUUUGUAAGAUCAUCUGUCUGACAUGCUCAUCAUUGUAGGAGAAUUAUGUAUUAAAGAGUUACCCCUCUUUGAGACCCCUUGCUUCAGCUUUUGUUUCCAAUAAAUGUUUAUUAACUAAUAUAAAAUUUAUAUUAACAUCAGUUAUAAUGUAGUUUCUUUUUUAUAUGAAUAUUUUCCUGGGUGAACUCAUUUAUGCUCCCAUAUUUUUUAUUAUAUACGUGAUGUUUAUAGGGUUUAUAAAACUCUUUGUCUCAGGCUACAGACACAAGCUCUUAUGUUACGUAUACUUGUUGCUGAUUAUUAUAUAUUUUCUGAGAAAACCAUUUUUAACAUUCACUUCAUUUUUUGUGCUAGAGAGGAAAUUUUCUUCUGCCAUGGAGUAUACUGGAAUAUUUUAAUGAAAUAAAUUUUGUCUAUUCUUAAACUAAAAAGAAAGUUUUGCUUGGUAAGGGCUAUUUAUAUUUUGUUGAAAUAAUCAAACCAGUAGUGACCUAUAUAUUCUUAAUAUAUAUAGUCCUGGUCAAACUUUUAAUUUUCCAAUUGAGACCAAUUAAUGAAUAAGACAAAAUUAUUACUAGUAUUUUGUGAAAAUUUUCCAGAAUGCGGAACCUUUAACCUAAAAGAUACAAUAAAACAGUUAUAUUCAGAAGCAUCUAAUUUCUCUUUGUAAAAUUGUGGAUAUGUAGAAAAAAUGAAAAUAUUAAUUAUGGUUAUGUUAAUUAACAUUACAUUAUUCUUUACCUGAAUUUUGUACCAUCAGAUGUCAAUAAACAUAUUUUAAACAAA